AUGGCUCUCCCUAAUAAGCCUGCAGCCCAUCUUCUGGGAUCAAAUGGCCCCAUUCAUGCGGUGACAUACUCGGCUUCACCAGGGACCUAUAUCUUGACUGGCUCUGCAGACCGCUCCAUCAGGCUGUACAACCCGAGCCCAAGCACCGCAGUGCAUCCUGCCAACUCUUACAUCUCCAAGCAGCAAGCCAAACAGGCGCCCGCUGUUCCUGAGGGUCGCUUGAUUCAGACGUACGCGGCUCAUGGUUACGAGGUUCUAUCUCUUGCCGUCGCCUCAGACAAUGCACGCUUUGCCUCGUCUGGUGGCGACCGUGCCGUUUUUCUGUGGGAUGUGACCACCGCACAAACGCUGCGCCGUUUCUCAGGUAAUGGAGUCCACGGCCACGGAAGCCGAAUUAACUGUGUUGCUUUCGGCGGCGCCGAUGAUAGUCUUGUCAUCAGCGGUGGUUUUGACACAACUGUGCGCAUAUGGGAUACGAAGAGCGGUGGCACUGGUGGUGGCAAGCCGAUCCAAAUUCUGACGGAAGCAAGAGACGCGGUGUCGGCUUUGGUGGUCCGCGGCCCGGAAAUUAUCACGGGCAGUGUGGAUGGGCGCGUGCGCACCUACGACAUCCGCAUGGGGUCGGUGGCCACAGAUGUCAUUGGGCCAAGCGUCACGAGCCUUAGCCUGACCAUGGAUGGAAAUACAGUAUUAGUUGGCAGUCUCGAUAGCAAAGUGCGCCUGAUGGAUCGAGAGAAUGGGACGUGUCUCAUGACAUAUGCCGAUGAGGAGUGGCGGAACGAAGAGCUACGGGUGCAAUCUAUUCUUGGCGGCAAGGAGAAAUACGUUGUGGCGGGCGAUGAAAUGACUACUGUAGGCGGCGCCUCCGGCGGUGAUGGGAGGCUAUGGGCGUGGGAUCUUCUUACUGGAAAACUGGUUGCUCGAAUUACCGUUCCAUGGGGGCCAACGGCGAACGAAUCACGGAAGAAGGUAAUUGGAAGGGAUGGCAAAGAGAAGGAGAGGAAGAACAUUGUGAGCUGCCUCGCAUGGAGAGAACAAGGCUGGGGAGGCCAAUUCUGCGUAGGCGGCACAUCUGGAGUCGUGACAGUGUUUGGCUCUGUCUGA